CAACAUCCGGACCUGUGAGAGGCAGAUGUCACGCGCGAAUUGUCAAUCCUGCCGAAAAUAGAUAAGGAGAAGAAGACGCAACCUCACCUUUGGACCCAUGACAACCGCAGCGCCACCAUCGCCAGCUGACUGUAUCGAGUUCACUCACUCCGCUCACAGGCUCCCUGCUUUUGUUUUUUCCCUACUCUGUUUUAUGAAGCGGUGACAUUUGUGAGAAAUGAAGCCGAGUACGCGGCACAUCCUGCUGCUGUGGAUGCUGGUGUGCUCCGGCACGACGCAGGCGAUAGAGCCCAUUAGCACCACCAUAGCUGUCGGCAUGGCUGCGGCUCUCACCGGGAUUUUAGCUAGGUAUCAGAACAUUUUUUACUAUUUCCACGAGUGCUGCCGACCAGAGUGGAUUUCUUUCAACAAGACAGGUCUCCGAAAUGACCUGGAUACCAAACUCUUUGGGCAGCACAUCGCUUCACGCAUCCUCUUAAAAGCUGUGAGUGGAUUCAUGAGCAAUAAGAACCCGAAGAAGCCCCUGGUGCUCUCCCUGCACGGAUGGACGGGCACAGGGAAGAACUUUGUCAGUAAGCUGAUUGCUGAAAACAUUUACAAGGAGGGAAUGGACAGCAGCUUCGUUCAUGUGUUCACAUCCACACUUCACUUUCCACAUCAAAGUCAAAGUGCAUACUAUAAGUCUCAGUUACAGCAGUGGAUCAAAGGCAACGUCACAAACUGCGAACGCUCCAUGUUCAUUUUUGACGAGAUGGACAAGAUGCAUCCCGGCUUGAUCGACAGCAUCAAGCCCUACCUGGACUACUAUGUCAAGCUGGACGGAGUUUCUUACCGCAAAUCAAUCUUCAUCUUUCUCAGCAAUGCUGGAGGGGAGAGCAUUAUACAGACGGCGUUAGAUUUUUGGAAACAAGGGCGAGAUCGAGAAGAGAUUGAGCUCAAAGACCUGGAAACAUCGCUCUCUCUGUCAGUGUUCAACAACAACCAAAGUGGCUUUUAUCGUACGAAUUUGAUAGACAAGAACCUGGUGGACUUCUUCGUCCCUUUCUUGCCUCUGGAGUACCGACACAUCGUCCAGUGCGCCAUGGCCGAGAUGAAAGCCAGAAACAUCAAGCCAAACCAGGACGUGGCAGACAUGGUGGCCAGAGAUUUAGUGUAUUUCCCCAAAUCGGAGAGGGUUUUCUCUGUGAAAGGCUGCAAGACGAUAGAGAGCAAGCUGGACUACUACACAUAAUGUCAGCAUCUGAUGGAUGCCGGGCUUGGUCACUAUGUGCACUUUUAUUUCCCCUGAGGAAAACACUCAGCCAAAAGACUAAAGAGCUGACUCAAGAGGUCUUUGUGACGGUUUCUGUGUCUGGCCUUGUGGUCAUGGAGAUGAUAUCAGGAGGCCUUCUGUAGUGUUACAUGUCACUCGCACUGAAUGAAGGGCUGAUGAAGAGCGCAGUGCCAGCUGAAUGAAACAUUAAUAAGAAUGAAAUGCUUUCCAUUGCAACUGAUCAAGGAGCUUGAUGUCUGCUUUUAUGUCGCAAGAAUCUCAAAGAGAGAUUUUCCUGAGAGCUUCUUGGUUAUUAAGGGUGUCCUUCAGUCAGUGAAACUAUCACCGUGGUGCAUUUGUUUUUAUGAAUGUGUAAUGCAUCCAUAUAGAUUACUGGAAAACACCUGCCUUACUACUUAAUUUUAAAUUCUUUUUAGUACUUUUAAAGUUAGGUUUUUGGUUUUUUUACCCACUGGUCCACUGUACAUGUAAUUAAGUCAAGGGGGGACUUUGUAGGUGAGAUCAUCACAGUGAAGCUGUUAUAGAAAAGGAUUACUGUGCAGUCCAAAAAGUAAUGACGCAGAAUAGUUUUACAUGUGUCAUAUUAAAAUUAACAUUUGCAAAACAUGUGUGCUACUGUUAA